UUAUCUCGACAAACAAUGUUGCCUUCAGAGGUAUCCGUAGGCCCGCUCCCCAUGACGUCCAACGAAGUCGCCACUCAAUGGCUUAGGGCGCCUGGGAAUGUCGUCACGUCUGCUGUGCUCCUGCAAUUCCCUGGGAUUGAGCCCAAGCUCCUGCUCCAUCUCUUACCGCUACUUCCUGGCCGAGCCAUGGCCGAAGCGGAGGCCGAGGAGAACGGCGAAGAAGGCGACGUCUUUCGGGAGCCCUUGAUUCCAGCUCCUGGCCGGACUGCGGUCUGCGCCCCACGGGCUGGGAGUCUGGCAGCUGCCCCGGCCCUGUGGGAAGAGACCGAGAAGCCUCAGCUCUCCCCCUUCUCUCCCGCGGUCCCCCUCGCGCCCGAGCACCUCCAGCGGGUUCUGGAACAAGUGAGGAAAGCGCCGCCACCGUCGCCACGGCCCCUCGGGAUUGUGGGCUCUGGCCUGAGCGGAAGCUACGGCUUCAGUGUAGUGCAGGACGCGGCCCGUCGUUUGCAGGAUGCGGCCCAGCAGGUGGCCCAGCACUGGGGCCCUGAUCCCCCGCCGCCACCACCUCGGCUCUUGCAGCCUAAGGAACUAGAAGCCAUUCGUGUCAAGGUAAAAUCUGGAGAAAGGCCAAUGCCACCUCUUGCAGCAAUCCAGCCCAAAACAAUAACUUUGAGUCAUCCAUUCAAUGGGAAUACAGAUUUAUUAGGAUUAAGUGUUGUUAAUCCUUCAAUUAUCCGGAUACAGCCUCUUAAAAGAACUGAAGAACAGGAUUUAGCAAAUACUUCACCUCUACCUCCUCUUCAGCUUCUUGUACAGAGACCUCUGCCCCCUCUUGGACCAGUUUCUGUGGAGAAGUUUAUGGCACAUAAAAUACAAAAUGGACAGAGAGCUACAUUUAUUCCUUUGUCUGCCUCGAACACUUCAGCAAUUACAUCUUCAGCAGUUACAUCCAAUUCAGCAAAUUUACUUAUUUCCACCCCUGAAAGUGAGUGCACUGAGAAGCUCAAAAAAUCUUUAAAAGUGAAAACCCGAUCAGGGCGGAUUUCACGGCCACCAAAGUAUAAAGCUAAAGAUUAUAAAUUCAUCAAAACUCAGGAUUUAGCUGAUGGGCACCAGUCAGAUUCUGAUGACUAUUCAGAACUUAAUGUGGAAGAGGAAGAUGAUGGGAGAGGGAAAGAUACAUUAUUUGAUUCUUCAAGUGGUUACCUGAAACCUAAAACAUUUAAGUGUCAGACUUGUGAAAAGUCAUAUAUAGGACAAGGAGGACUGGCACGACAUUAUAAGCUUAAUCCAGGUCAUGGGCAACUGGAACCUAAAAUACUGAUACCUGAUAAACCCAAUGGAAAUGGAGGAGCUGGAGAUGACACUGUGAAUAGAGUGACUCCUGAACCAUCAAUUCUAACUGCUUUAAAUAGUGAAAGUAAUCUAGCUCCUUGUGUGGCAGAGUCAGAUCCAGCAUGGAAUGGGCAACAGAAUUGUGAUUCCAAAGAAGUUGGGACAUUAUUGGAGUCAGAAGAAAAAAAUGGAAUUCGCCUGGCAUGUUGGGGAUCCAAGAGGACCAGAGGAUCAAAAAGAUGUAGGAAGCUAAAGGCAUCUGUAAAGUCAAGUUGUUCAUGUAAACACAGCAAUUCAGUUCAUCCUACUUCAUGCAUGGAUAUAGCAGCAGAACAAAAUGUAGUAGGGAAUAAAAAAGAAAAGCUCAAAGAGUUGCUCCAACAGUGUGACCAUGGAGAUUUAAUAGAACUAGUUCUUCCACAUCUAAGCAAGCUUGUAACUGUCUAUGAAUUUCUUCUUAUGAAGGUUGAAAAGAGUCACCUAGCAAAACCUUUUUUCCCAGAUGUAUAUAAGGAAUUUGAAGAGUUGCAUAAGAUGGUUAAGAAAAUGUGUCAAGAUUACUUCAGUAGUUCUGUUCUGAGUUCUCAGAAAUCCUUGGAAAUAAAAAAUAAUGAGGUUGCUGAGUCAUUGGGAAUUACAGAAGAGCUUCUACAGAAGAAAGGAAAGAAUAGUAUUUUGCCUCAAACUAUACUCAGUGCAGCUGAAGUGGGGCUAAGUGAAAUUACUGGACAGAAAAGAGAAAAAGAGAUGCUUGAAGAAGUGAUGGUGCCAGUCAAAAGAACCAGGAUAGAAAGUGGAUCCAAGAAUGUGAAUGACAAUUAUGUUAGUCAUGGUGGACUUCAGGAGAAAACCACACCUUUGUGUAACCACGUUAACACUGAAGGUUUCAACCUCCAGCUUAAUAGGCCAACCUCUCAGUUUUCAGAAGAAACUUAUAAUAUAACAGUUGUUGAUGCUGGGAGUCAAAUGUUUCAUGCUGGCCAGCUGCCUAAAACAUUUACUGAUGUAGAAGGCAAGAAUGAACCUGUAGAUUCUGUCGUCCUGUACCAGGCUGUUAACGGAAUUCAAACUUGUUCCCAGUUAGAAAAUCCAAGUGACCUGCUUCAAGAACAAACAGAGUUGUUUCCUGCGUGUGUUCAAAAUCACUCCCCUGACCAGAGUAUUUCUGACUUCCAUACUUUAUCUGAUAGAAAUUCCACAUGGUCUGGGCAUGAAAUUCAAAAUAGAAGAGAGAAUGAAGAUUGUAAAUCUCAUCAGGGAUUUUUUAAUGCAGGUAAUGAGACUCAUGAGAUAACAUCACAGCCUGAAAGAAUUUUGCCAGCAGACUUUGUGACCACAGCCAGUUCAUACCAGACUUCUUCAGAAUCACAGCAUCACCCUUUACUAGAAGCAUCUCUGUCCACUGAGGGCAUUUUGGAAAGUCCUGAAAAUUUAGAUCAGUUCCCUGAGUCAUUACAGGAUAAUCAAAGGGAACAAGAGAAUGCAAUUGCUGUAAGUGAAACUCUGGCAUUUGAAAUUACUGAUGAAACCCAGGAAUUGUCUCAGGGACAUGAACAGAUUUUUAUUCAAACUUCAGAUGGGCUCAUCCUGUCCCAUCCAGGUACAGCUGUAUCUGAGGCUAAUGACAUUGUUAUAGUAACAGAUGUUGAUGGUACUGCAGUCCAUAUCAGCACACCUGAGGGGCUUCCUUUAGAAACUUUGGAAGCAUUAUUGGCAGUAGAAAGAGAGAGCAAGAGCGAUGGGACUAGAAACUCAUAG